UCCAAUCUCCCUCAGCGCCGCGCGGCGGGACUCUCAGGAGGCGCGCGGAGCCACCAUCGCUUUCCUCAGCGAAGAAGAAGGGCAGCAGACGAUGCUGAUGGAGGAGGAGGAGAUGCAGGCGGCGGCGGCGGAAGAGGGCCCCAUCGUGGCCAAGAUCUUCAAGCAGCAGCGCAGCCCGUACAGCGUCCUCAAGACCUUCCCCAGCAGCCGGCGGCCGGCGCUGGGCAGGCGCUACGAGCGACCCACCCUGGUGGAGAUCCCGCAGGUCAGGGCGCAGCACCAGCACCAUGCCUCCUUCCAGCCGCUGCCGCCCGUCGCCUCCUCCUCGUCGUCGUCACUCAGCGAGCACCCGCUCCCUUACCAAGCGCACGGCGCCUUCCGGGGCUCGCAGCAGGGCCAGCCGAGCUCCAGGACGCAGCUGAGGCACCAGGCGGCUCCUGCGCCCUCCUCCUCUUCGGCCAGGUUCGGCCACGGCCACCAGGGGGCAGCAAGUAGUAGCAGCAGCAGUAGCGGCAGCAGCGAGGGAGGCGGCAGCCUGGAGCUCAGCGCAGAGAGUCGUAUGAUUCUGGAUGCCUUUGCCCAGCAGUGCAGUCGAGUUCUUAGUCUUUUAAACUGUGGUGGAAAACUUCUGGACAACAAUCGCUCUCAAGCAUUGGCGUCCUGUGUAAAACAAGAAAGCAUGAGCUUUAACGAAAGACCAGAGCAGUGCCAGCUUGGGAAAAUGGUUCAUAGUCAGACAUCAGACAACUUAGAUCUAGAUUUGCAGUACAUGCAUAAGAAGCAGCAAACCUCUGCUUUUCUGAGAGUAUUUACUGACUCCCUUCAAAACUACUUGCUAUCUGGAAGUUUUCCAUCUCAGAACACUUCUUCCAUGAGUGAUUUUGGCCAUUUGGCAGAUGUGGAUCCACUCUCAACCUCUCCAGUACACACUUUAGGUGGAUGGACAUCCCCAGCGACCUCUGAAUCCCAUGGUCACCCAUCAUCAUCUACACUUCCUGAGGAAGAAGAGGAGGAGGAGGAAGGUUACUGCCCACGGUGUCAGGAGCUGGAGCAGGAGGUAAUUUCAUUGCAACAAGAAAACGAAGAACUCCGACGAAAGCUGGAGAGCAUUCCAGUGCCCUGCCAGACUGUUUUAGAUUACUUGAAGACGGUACUUCAACAUCAUAACCAGCUCAUGAUUCCACAGCCGGUGGAGCAGCCUGCAGAGGUAGUGUGGAUGAUGAGGAGAAGGAGGAUGAUGAGAAGUGCCUUUCGAUUGGAUGCUUCAGGGAGCAAACAAUUGCUGACCAACUAUCCCGUCUACAUCACUAGCAAACAAUGGGACGAGGCUGUAAACUCCUCAAAGAAAGAUGGGCGCCGGCUCCUUCGGUACCUCAUCAGAUUUGUCUUCACCACCGAUGAGCUUAAGUACUCGUGUGGCCUUGGAAAAAGGAAAAGGUCAGUGCAGUCAGGAGACACUGGUCCUGAAAGACGUCCUCUGGAUCCAGUGAAAGUAACAUGUCUCAGAGAAUUCAUUAGGAUGCACUGCACUUCCAAUCCUGACUGGUGGAUGCCUUCCGAAGAACAGAUAAACAAAGUGUUCAGCGAUGCUGUGGGACAUGCUCGGCAAGGUCGUGCUGUGGGGACAUUCCUCCAUAACGGUAACUCAUAUUAUGAAGGGAUUGACCAGCACGGUUCCCAAGACGACCUCUUCAAUAGAGGCAUUCAUGAUGGAUCUGGAGACUGAUGGCAAAAGGGUGAAAGUCAGUGUCCACCUCUGAAGAGUCGGUUUGUGUGUUCGGUGUGUUUUAAUGUGACUUGAGGAUCCAAAGCAUGUUCGGACUUUUGUUUAAUCCAAGGCCUUCCUGUGAAAUUUCAUAGGAUCUAAAACUUAACAUGAGGAAGUUGGCCAAUUUCUGGGCAGUAGAACUUCAGACACUAGAUCUGGGAUUCAACCUUUCCAAAAAAGAAAAUCUAUUCCUUAAAGAUUAGGCUGGGUGCCAUCUCUCUUGCACAUUCCUUUUCUGAGUGAAGGAUUUGUAUCCUGCCCUCUUCCUAUCUUAUUUAAGUAUAUGUAUCAUUAUCUGAGCUUCCAUCUGUUAAUUUAAAGGAGUAUAUCCCAGAUACAGAUUUGCUGACACACCUGCUCUUUUUCAAAGCUUAAAUUUGAAAACCCAUCUCACAUGAAAAAAGCCCAUCUAUCUCACAGUAAUUGCCAAGCCUUCAAUAGUUCCAUUCCUCACAUACAUCCAUCAUUUCACUUUAUUCUGUGUUCCUGUGCAGUGUGUGCACAAUGGUAGCUGUCUUUUAUGAUCUAAGAGUAAAGAAAGGAAUGGGCAUCAAUAAAAUUUCUUUAAAACAGGGAGGUAUCAAAAUCAAGGGUUGUGACGCUUUUUUCAUUUUGGCCAUUUUGUAUUUUUUUAGUCAAUACAUUAUUUAUAUUUGUGAUCUAAGAAUGCUAGGACUAAUCUGUAAUGUUUUCCUUUACUAAUUAGAUUAGUAAAUCGCACUACUGUUCCAUGAAAAAUAGCUUGUCCUUUUGAAAGCUUGCUCUAUUGCUUUAAAUAUUUUAUGUACAAUCUUGUUUUUAACUCAUGCCACACUUCUUUUUUAUGCACAGGUCCCUUCAUACACUUCUCUCAGGCAUGCUUACAAACAUGGCAGGGAACAGAUUUUAAGUUGGUAUUUUCAGCUAAAUGAAGGCAGGUCAAUAAUACCGGGGAUGGGGGUAAUAACACUACAAACCUGUUUCAUUGUUUUGGAAGUCUUUGCAUGUUCUUCCUCUGUGCAGGGAGAGUGAUUUGAGGCCCUCUGUUGGAAUACAUUCCCCACCCACCCUGUAUUAUAGCAUAUACCUCUGGUAGGCUUUAAUGUGCCAUUUUGUUUUUGUUGCAACAACGCAAUCAACAUUUUGGCAACACCUGUACAAUGAUCUAGGUUCCCUGUUGCCCUGAGAAAACAGGUUCUGCCCAGUUGCCUAUCCACCUGAAAUUUCCCCAGUUCCUUAAGUAGCCCCCACCAUGACACUUUUGAUCCAAGAAGAUUCCCAUUGGUUUUUGCAAAAAAAAAUUUGUGAGCCUUCAAGUCUUUCAUCAAUUUCUCAAAUGUUUCCUGUUCUUGAUAGCAUUUAUUUGAAUUAAGUAUUCUCUCAUUUAAGUUUUUAAAGCAUCCCAUACAAUUUGUAAAUCUGUUCCUUUUUUAUUUUGAAAUAUUCCUUAAUUUAUUGUUGUAUGAAUCUCUUUUUUUCCGCCUUGCAACAAUAUGUUAUUGAGUUUCCAUGUUGCAGAUUUGUUCCCAUUGUAAAGGGUCAUCGCUAUUGGAUUAUAAUAUGAUAAAAUUCAAGGAUUAACUUCUAUGUUUGCUACCAAUUUUGUUAAUGAUUUUGUAACAAAAACAUGUCCAAUCUUGCAAAUGAGUGAUAAGUAUAGGAAUAAAAGAUAAAUUCUAUCUCUGAUCCUUUCUUAAGCCACCAAACAUCAAAUAAAAAAUUACAACAUCUCAAAUCCAGCUUUCAGGAAUAUGCCUUGAUCUUUCAUUUGCUUGGUAGAUUUACGAUCCUGAUGCGGGGAAAGGAGUGAUUUCCGAUCCCCCAUCCAGGUUUUAAAAGGUGCUAAAUUCCUUCAACAAUCAUUCAUAGGAGUCUUUCUUAUUUUGUAGUGGUCCAUAAAGUCCGAACACUGCAAUCUUUUGAUUUUGGUUUUCAAUUUGUACCACCACAUAUCUACCUUCUUCAUCUUCUAGUAUUUUUUACUAGUUUCAAAUAUUCUGCAAUAUAUAAGGCCACUUUGUUAUUUUUCUUUUUAUUUGAAGAGACAAAUACUUGUCCAAAUCUUUUGUUCUUCAAUAAAUGUUGGUGUUCUUUUUAAAAUCUGGUUUCUUGCAAACAUGUCAAAUCUGGAUUUAUUUUCUUUAUACAUUUAAAUAUCUUUCCUUUUUUAAAAUUGGUGAAUUCAAACCCAUAUGUUCCAGGAAAUGACGUUAAUGUUUUUCCGUUUCAACUUAUCCAUCAUACUCUGAUGUAUUAUCUGUAGUUGUAUGUGCCUUCUUUCUUGUCUUUUAUCUACUCUUUCUUCUUUGUCUUGCUCUUUCCUCUCUGUCAGCAGAUUGUUCUCUUUCUUCCUUUCAGCUACUCCAAUCUUGAGCUAAAUCAUCCCGUUUCUCUUCUUGACCUGUCCUACCACUAGCUCCUUCUGAUUCCUUUUCUUCCAAUCUGUAUUGAAAAUUAUCACAAAAUUCUAUUGCUUGUUGCAGAAUAAUAAUCUGGAAUCUUUUAUUAAAAUAAAACGAAAAUCCUUCUAAUUUUUCCCAUCUAUAUAAGAUGUUUUUCAAUGUCCUUCAUAUCCAAAUAAUCAGAUAAUGCCUCCAUUGUCACCCUCCUUGUGUCUUCUUGUGCUUCUUCCUGCAAACCUCGUAUUCUUAGACAAUAUUCUCUCUCUUUGAGAUCUUGGAGUGCUAGUAAACCCAAGUAUCUUUCCGUAUCAGAAAACCUUCCAUCAUCUACAGCCCUUAUUUUGUUACCAAGAAUAUCUGAUCUCUUCUCCAAAUUAUCAACUUGUUCCACAGUGGAUUUCACCUCCAUUGUCACUUGAAUCAGUGACUGUUUCACUGAGAAAGACAAUAACUAAGAAAUCAAUAACCUGUUCAGGUCAUGCAUGCAAGCACCAAUGUCACGGGGUACAACAUACAUUUCUAUUUGGAUGCACAGUAAAACAAGCAGCUCCAUAAUGCUGCAGGUGUGGAUGAAAUGGGCAAACUAUGCUUAUAAAUGGACUAUCAGAAAUUGUUUCUUAGGUAUAAAUAAAACACAUCAUUAAUGAUUAAGUCUUUAUUAAAGAUAUUUUUCUUUAAAGAGCAAAAGCUAAGCUCUCUGGCAACAUAAUCUGAUCUUGUUUUUCUACUCAGAGGUAGGCCAUUACCCACUGACCCCUAGGUAAGUGCUGAUGUCAAACACUUGCUCUCCUCUUUUCCAUUCAGAGUAGUAAGACUUAAAAGGGUAAUUAUAACAUUAUCAUAUCCUUCAUUUUUUAACAUGAGCAAAAAUAUAAUCUGAAUUGUUCAGUACUAUCACUUUUGAAACAUAUACUUUGUAAGCAGCAGGAUAUAUUCAUUGGCACAUGGAUUCCUAUCGGGAAAAUAAAUAUAACCCAUUAUUCAGAAAUUAUAGCAAUUCAGUUCUAGUUGUUUGGUCACAUACUUAACACAUUAGCUACCACACUGCUAAAAUGGUGCAGGUCUCUAUGUUUGUUUCCUGUGGUGUCACUUUUGCAUCACUUGGUAAAAAUCGUCAGAUAAAAUGCAUGAACGUACAUUUGUCCAGAGUAUAAUCUCAUUAUAGUGUAUUUUUGUAAAGGCUCUGUGAAAUCCAAUGUUUGUAUAUGAUGUUAUGUAAAAAUGUUCUUUUUGAAUUAUGCACAUCAAGGGUCAUAUAACAGACCCCACUAAAGCAAUGCCAUUAGGGACUUGCUAAGGCAACGGGUACGUCUAGCUUUGUUUUACUGGGAGGGCUGCCAUCAGAUUCCUUGUAAGCCCCACUUGUACAUCAAAACAUGUAGUUGCUUCCAGAAGUCUUCACCUCAUGGCAGCAUGUCAGAGAAUGAAUUCUAUCUUACAUCAGGCUAGCAAAUGGUAUAGGACAGGACUGUAUGACCCAGAUAUAUCGGAUCUUGGCAGGUACUCCUGGUGUGCAUGAGGUUAUAUCACGAUACACUGACAAUUUAUAGGUGCCAGUGACCUUUUAUUUCCUACCUUAGCAAUAUGUGCCCCUACUGAAAUGUGAGUAGGAGGAGGCCAAUUAAAGGCAUCCACAGUUCUUCCUAUUCCUGCCAUGGCAUGGUACUAUGACAUAACUUCUGCCAUGGGAUCUAGGUCUUCCAACUUAAGUGCAGCAGGAUAAAUCUAUGCUACAGUGGCAUCCACACUAAGUUGGAUAAAAAGCUGUUACUCUGGAAAUAAUAGCUGGUAAUCAUUUGCUGUUGCUUCUAGCGAAGCAGUAAAGUGUGAUAUCUCACAGUGAUGCCAAUUAAUAUCUCACUCUAUAUCAUCAUUAAAUGUUGUACAACAGCAAAACUGUCAGAUCCAACAGCACCAGAAUCUGUCAUGCCAAAAUGUACAGUGUUCCCCCACUUAUCGCGGGGGUUAGGUUCCAGGACCACCCGCAAUAAGUGAAAAUCUGUGAAGUAGGGACACUAUAUUUAUUUUAAUAUUUAUACAUUAUUUUAGUAGUUAUACACUAUUUUAAGUCUUUAUCAACCAAUCAUGUUUUGAUAAAUCACCUCCUUCUCCCGUUGCUGCUUGGGCUCUUUUUCUCUCCCUUUGGCUUCUCCUUCCUCCCUUCCUUAGGCUGUACAUUGUAAUUUUUUAUGAUUUAUAAUAGUCUUUUAGAGUUUAUUAAAAAACCACAAAACAGUGAAUCCACAAAAAGUGAACCGCAUGAGGGAACACUGUAUUCCAAAGAAUCUGAAAGUUUUGAAAAUUCAGUUUCAGUCACAGGACAAGAAUAUCAAGUAUUAGUAUCGUUUAGUUUAAGAAAGUGACUAUGAAAUGAGUUUCCCAAUUUGAAGCUCUUCACCCACACACACAAUUUGAUAGUUUUAGCUAUUUCUUUAGCUUUAUUAGCCUUGAUCCUUUAAAAGAAAGGAUUCUCUGAUAAAUUCCUUUGGUGUAUGUUGAAACCAAAACAGAUCAUCCUUUAGAAUGCCUUUUAUUUCCCUAUUCUAACACAACCAAGGAAUAUAUUCUCUCUGACAUUUAGAAUCUGCAGGACCUUAGAGAAUGUAAUCCUGCUGCCUCAACAGAAUAAAGACUAAGGCACCAAAUAAAAGGAAGACAAUAGAGAUGGUUCUUGGAUUGCUGUUACUAGCUUUAUUUUUUAGGCUGUAGUCUCAUAUUAUUUUCAAGGGAGUAAAUCUCAAAGAUGAACGUAAUUUAUUUCGGAGUGCAGAUUUACACAGUUGGAUUCUUCAAGCAGUCUUGCAAUAAGUUCAGUAAAGAUACUGAUCCAACUUUUUGUUUUAACUGACUGGUCAGUCCACCAUAAUCACUACCAGCCUAAUUCAGAAAGUAGCUGCAAUUCAGAAAGUAACUGCUUAAACUAAGCCCAACAAGACAAAGACCAGAUGAGGCAAUAAAGUGGUCCUUUGAAUUCAGUAUGUAUGGGAUUGUAUAACUCAAGAGUUUCUCAGACUGCUCCUCUAGAUGUUUUGGACUUCAGCUCCCAUAAUUCCGAACAGCUGGUAAAAUGACUGAGAUUUCUGGAAACUCAAGUCCAAAACACCUGGAGGAGUAGAGUUUGAGAAACACUGGGAUAACUGAUUGCUUUCCCCAGAAAGACCUUUGUGCAUUAAAAAGAUAUGCAUAAAGCAUGAGAGGAACUCUUCUGGGGUGUCUCUGUUGUAAUGCACAGUACAUUUUUAAUAAGGGAAAUGCAUGGAAUUAGAUUUCCACACCUACAGUUUGAAAUGAAUGGUACAAUCCAGGACUAGUUCUACCCCCCCCCCCCCCAAUUCCCCUCCCCAAUCUGUUUAUUUUUGUCAACAGUCAAAUGUCCUUCCUGGAUGGUGCUAAAAUGAAGAAGCGUCUUAGUAGGAUAUUGUAUUGCUUGUUUUUCUGUCUUUAAAUGUUAUCAGUAGCAAGUUACCUCAGUCAGGCCAGAAUUUGCCUUCCGUUUUGGGUACCAUGUUCUGUUUGGGCUGCCUCACUCACGCCUCACAACUGGAAGUAUCAAAUUACCUCCAUUCAAACCACAAACAGCACCAUUGCUUCCUUCACAUUUGAUAGGCCAACCGAUCGUUUUUAUUGCAUAUGAAACAGAUAUACUAAUUCCAGUUUCCUUGUGGGGGAAUAUAUCAUUGCCUUAGCUUCUCUGAUCACUAAAUCUUUCUUCCAUUCCUAUAGCAAUGCUUUCAGUGUAUGGUAUCAAUUCUGCACCAACACCAGUGCCAACAUGCCUUUUGCUCUAUUUUCUAUAACAAUAUAUUUGUGGAGAUACUGUGACCAAGAAUUCAUUCCUCCUAAUAUUUUUACUGUUAUAGUGUAAGUUCUAUUAACAAUUUGUCCUGUGUAGAGUAAACAAAAGAUUAGGGGUAGACAAAUACCUGAUUCUGUACAAAGUGAAUAGUGUAAUAUAGGCUAGUAUGUUUUGGUGAAUAUUUCUAUAGGAUAUGUGAAUUGUUUUCUAUGUGAUAUCAGGCCACAAUUUUCUUUUAAGAAAGUAAACAUAAAAACUUUAGAUAAGUUUUUAAAAACAGUGAUAUUUUUUGAUUAUAAAAAACUUUUGUUACUAGAGUUUACUAUUAUCAGGUCUUCACUCUUAUUUAAAAAUUGGGUUUUAUUACCUCAUGCUUCCAAAUCCAUUUGUUCUGUUGCAUAAACAAUGCACAAUAAAAAGUUAUCCUUCGUCAACUGUGGUUUCAAGUGUAUGCAAUUUUGUUUAUUAGGCCGUGAUACAGACAUAAAAUUUGUUGCUGAUCUAGAUUGUCCAACACAUUAUUGCAGUGUAUUUUGUAUUAGAAACUAGAGUUGAUGUGGUCUAUCCAAUGCAAUUUUCUGAAUCAACAUCCCAAAUAACCAAACCGAAUCUAAAGUUGAUCAAAAACUGAUUUGUAACCCUUUUGGUACUAAUGUUGGAAAGUGGGCCCUGGUCAAAAAAAGGUUGGGAACCACUGCAUUACUGUGAUCAAAGUUUGGGAUUUACUUCUUUAAACAUGAAUUUGUUCUCGCUAAUUUCUGUAAAAAAAAUCUGAAUUGCUGGGAUUUAUUUAAGUGUUGAUUUACCAUACAUCAAUCGAUUCAGUAGACAACUUGAAGACACACACACAUUCUGUUUGCUGCUUCAAAGCUGUAAGUUGCUAAAAUACUUUUUUAGACCAGAAACACCUCUAGGCCACGGUGUCACCCCCUUAUCCCAGCUUGUUACUAUAAUAGUGCUCCUUACGUACCCAUUGCAGGAACUUUGUUAAGAUGAUCAUUGCUUAAAUUCUUCUAACAAUUGCCUCCAUGUCUCCAUCCCAUCUCAUGAACAUAACUUUAGAAGUUUGUCCACAAGUUCUGGCUUUUUCGCUUACACCAAUACUGCCCCAUUUUCUAGUAGGGUAAGACUUAACAUGGGAAAGGAGGUACACAGUAAAUUUCACAAGGAAUUAAGGUGCCAUGGUGUGAUAAAAUGUAACCUUUAAUCAUCUUGUUUGAAUGGCUUUUUAUCCAUAUUGCCUGGAUUAUUUAGGACUAAGGAUAAACAUCCACUGAAAUUUACACUGAUCAUACCCAAUAAGCUUCCAUAUCGUCAGUACACUAGAUGAGUGUUUUUGGCUAGAAAUGUACAUUUUGAAGGUUGGCUUGAUUGCUUUAGGAGCAGAAAGAUUAGGGUGCUUUUAUAAAAAAAAAGUAUUACAUAAAACAACUCUUGUUACAUCCAACAAACUGGUAAAGCCAAGACUAACAGCUGCUAAUCUGAUUUAUAGUACCAGCCACAAUUUGACUAUAAAAUUGGAGUAGCGGUUUUUCACUGGCAACUCAGAACAGUAUGUUAACAUAUUUUGAAAGGAAAGCUGCAUUAUCAUAGGUACCAUCAGUUUCCAUCCAGUCUCCAGAAUCGCUGCACAUAUUUGCAUCCAGAUGCAUUCAACAUUCAUUCAUUCAACAGCAUGUAUGUAGUUGAACAAACCUUACGCAUUCUAACAUCCCAUUUCUCAGGGUCUGUGAAAUCCUCUGCACCUAACUGCCAAACUAGAAGUUCUUCAGACCCUUGGUGAUAUCAAAACAACCCAGUGGCAUCAGGACAACUAAGGGCAUCACUAAGAGUAAAGGCUUUCAGUGCAGUUUCUGAAUUCAGUCAACAAAAUACUGUGUUGGCUUCGUAUGGGGCCAGCCCCUUUCAUACAUCUUUUAACCUUAAAAGAAUGACAGAUUAGAGCCACAGGCUCCGACAAACAUUCUCCCCUAUUGUAAUGGAAGACAAGUUAAGGGGAAGUGAACUCCCAGCAUCAGGAUCAUUCAGAAUCUGCGCACAAUGUGUUCAAAUGUCACUAAAGCUCCCCAGUGCCUGUUGAAUGCUCCAAAUGUGCCAGUUGUACCAAACUAAUCUGUCUGAAGAUUGUGUUCAACAAAUACUAUUAGCCUCUUUCUCAGGCUUGUUUCUUUUCCAUUAUGAUUGAUCUCAUUCAGAGGUAGAUAUUUUAAUCUUUUGAGAAACUGUAAAAUUCCUCAUGCCAAAGGCAUGAUGAACAAUAUGGAAAGUGACAUCGGCAUCACAACAUCCCAAUUGGCCCAUUGUUUCUUACCUUUAAUUAUCCUUGUCAUUUUUUUAAACUUUAAUUUAUGGCCACAUCAACAAUCUCUUUCACAGUGGAAAACAAAAUUCCCAAGGAAGUAUAAGUGCUUGAGUACUUACCUACUGGUGGCCCUAAAAAAGACAGGACAACUUGAUGGCACCUUUUUAUGAAUGGGGUGUAUGGAGAAGUGUUCACCACACUAAUCUAGUGUGGAUCAGUAUUUCAUGGAUCGAAGGACAGAUGCUCCAAAUGCCUCAAAGCCUGCCAUUUCUUAGAACUUUGUAUACCCUACCUUAGACAGGUUGAUCUGCUCUCACAACUUGAAAAUCACUGUGUAAAAUUUCACAGAUCAGAAUGCAGUUGGGAAAACUUCUAUUCUUCAAAUAUCUUAUACUAAAAACCCCACCAUCCCUGCUGGCAGGAAUUUAUGAGAGUUGAAAUCCAGAACAUCUAGAGUGUUAAAAGCUCACCUCAGAAGAUCAGAGGGACAUAAUAUAUUUUGGAAGACCCCUUCAGAAGUUUUCUCUACAAAUUUUAGACUUUGCUUUCAAAACAGAGGAAGGCAACUCAUGGCAGUUAGAACACAAUGCUUGGUUAUAUAAUUUUAACAAAUAUGUAAGAUACUGUCCAAAGCCAAAUUUGCAUGUACGGUAAAUCUAUAAAAGACCUGUUCACACUAACCUAACUGUGCCUGCACACCUACACAAGGAAUCUGUGAUCCAAAAGAUGAACCUUUGAUAGUCUUUCAGCGUAUUUGUCCUUCUUGUAAGCCACAAUGACCAUUUGCAAGCUCACACAAAGCACACCUUAGGUGGAACUGAAUUCCACUAAAUGUCCCAGCAACAGUGCUCUCGAGCUACGGCUUUGCAUGUCGCAAAUAUGGCCCUGGGGCAAGCAGGUAUCUUCAUGUGCAUAAAGAACCUCCCAUGUAUGUAAACUUGCACAGUGUUGUCUGUUAGACAUAGCUUGAGGGCAGGAUCCAACGACAGAGAAACACUGACUAAUAAAUGGCCCUAAACGACUAAAUAUAGAGUAGCUUCUUUACUUUUAAAUGUACGUAACAAAACUAUUGUUACACGCUAAUUACAAUAUAUACAUCCAACACAUGCAGUUGUCAAAACUCAUUCUAUUUAAAAAUGACUGUUAAUUCCAGAAAUGACAUUUUAUACUUUCCCAACACUUGACAGAUUUUGCUCUCCAUAAUGUUUUUAAUAUAAAAUCAUCACUGAUACUAUAUAUCUCUUUCUGGGGCAGGGCUCCAUAUCAAUGUUUGACUGUGCCAUCAAGGGUACUUUGCAUCACUGAGAAAUCUGGGUAUUCAAAGUCAUCUGAAUAAGCGACACAAAUCUCGUUAAAGUGCUUAAAAUAUUUUACUUGCAAAGCAAGUUUUUCCACUUUCCGGUUCUGAACAGUUGGCUCACGGGUGCGUGUCCAUCAUAUAGAAGCAGCAAACUCUUAACAUGCAUCAAUGAAUGAGCUAUCAUAGACCCAAUUUCUCAGACAGCAUUCUGUUCCUUCAAAACCUUUUUUAGGGGAGUAAAUCCACACAUUAAAUGUUAAGCAACUAUGGGAUGUAUGUACACGUCUUUGUGAACCAGUUCACCAAAUUGAUAACAAAGACACGGGUCCCCCUGGACCUCCUUCCUUCCAAGAACACUUCCCUUUGACUUUGACUCCAAAUAAACAAAGCUCGGAAAAGUAAAUUCUGAAUAUUACAAUUCCCAGAAUCCCCCAGGCAGGACAGGCACUAGCCAUGCUGGCUAAACGUUCCUGGAGAUGCUAGACCAAAACAAAACCCCCAAACUUUUCCAAGCUGUGCUGAAAAUUUCCAGAUUGUCACCCAAGUGAAAGCAUUUGCAGUUUGAUUUCCACCUCUCACAGGCUCCCCAUUGGGAACAGCGUUCAGAGCCCAAGCUGUGAACUUGCUGCUUUACAAUUCCUGAAAGCAACUGUCACAUUCAAUGUGACUGUUUUGCUCCCUGCAGGCAAGUUUCUCGUGCGGUAACACUUCAUUUACCAUUCAGGACUAAAGAAGCUGUACCAGUUAUAAAUAAAUUAAAUAUUCUAAACUGGCUUCCAAGCAGUUGCUUUGAGUUCCUUUAGUGCUAUUGUAAUGGUAUUUGACUCUUUCCCUUGAAACAUGAGAUCAUUACAUGUUGCUUUCGACGCACACAUACACACCAGUUUCAGAAACAUUUUGCUGUUUGAGACAAACAUGACCGAGGCCCUCCUGAGAGAAGACAAUUUGCUGCACCAUUCUUUUAACUUGCUCUAUUCCUACUACAAAGAACCUCAAGGCUUUUUAGACUAUCUUGUAUGUUCUACUCUGUAUUUCUUCCUGCAUCUAUAAAUAUGUCACAUGUGUCAUAGAACAAAGAAAAAUCAGAAGAGCAAUGGGUGUUCAGAACAAGCAAGGAUAGCAAAUGUUCAUGUUUUAGAUUCUGACACUAUAAAGUUAGCAGUUAAAAGGUCAGCAAGUAGAUUUUAUAAAAUCAACUACGGUUUGAGAAGGAAAACAAAAGCUAGACACAUGUCUAUAAAUUAUUUUGAGAACAUCCCUGUUGCCAUCCUGCAGAUACUCUCAGAAUGCUUCAAGUAGCAAUUGCAACUUUAGUCCACGAGGUUUAAAUGCCUUUCCGGGGACCAGUGCCUUGGUAAACUCACAUACCAACACUGCCUUGACCACAAGGACAGAAAUUGCAUAUAUUAUCACAAUUUGCAAUGCUAAUGUAUGAAAUGAGACAUCAGUUAGGUCAACUUACUUACAUCAAUUCUUUGCAGCAAUUCAACUUGCUCUAGAACCAUGAAUGGCAGUUAAUAUACGAAGUUGACAAAAAUAACCAAAUAUACCAAAUUAGCUAGAUUUUCACCUCAUAAUGCUGAGUCUAAAUCCAUUUGAAGGGGGAAUGCAGGCUUGUUUAAAGGCUCAUGAAGAUAUCUUCAAGAUCCCAAACAAAUGCUCAAAAAAUAGCAGCCGUAGGGGAACACAAUGUGCAAACAAGAUACAAAAACUUGAAGUAGGGCAGUAAACACAUAUAGUGUGUAUUUGUAGAAACUGACAUUUCAAUAACUUAUUUAAAUUUAAAAUUUCAAGUCCCAAAUAUUAAUUUCUAAUACAAAUUCACAAAUAACGAGAGGGGAAGCAGCUGUCCUUGGAAACCAGUCCGCAGGAAACCCGUUGCUCUUCUGGAAGGAAAAAAAGAAGUGGGGGGGGAACAACCAGCGCUAAAACCUGGAGGUUUAAAUGUAGUGAUGACUCAAGAUCUCUCCGGCUUCAGGAGCUGCUCUGUCCCUAAACACAGCUGAUCCAGAAGAGAGAAGUUCAAAUGAGGCUUCCAUGAGGCUUACAAUAUUUCCAGAUCUACGUGCCGCACCUCAGGAUUCCGUUUCUGAAACAAAAUUGAUCACACUUUUAAUAAACAGACAGAAAGAGCACUGACGCAUUAUAACCGAUGAAGUGUUGGCUGGGAUAGAACCAGGGUUCAAAGUUCUGUUCAAAGCCCCUCUUGGUUAAUUAUAACACAUAAUAAUUAUAACAAAAUCAUAACACAUCCAUCCUCAUCCCCUCUACCUGCAUUUCAACACAUACACACACUUCCUACUACAAAGAUCAUGCCAAUGUGACUCUGAGGAUAGUAGGACUGAGACGGUCUCAAUAAUUGACCAGCCUGAACCCAAUUCAUAUGCUUACAGGCCAUAACCAGCAUUUUCAAUCAUGCUCAGUAAUAACUUACGUUGCUAUCAAGUCUCAACUACUAGACCCAUUAAAUCACAUUUUAAUUCUCAAUUCAACAUGUUAUCCAAGAGAUCUACUACUGGGACAAACAAAGAAUAAGGAUUUAAUAAACAAAAACCUUUAUUACUCAUGUUAUGUGCCACAAGACUUGAAAUAGUCAAAACUUGGCAAAAAAAAACUAGAUAAAAAGAAUUGUUUAUAGGGCCACAACACUAGUGGAAAAGCUAAUUUAUAAGCAAAUAUUAGCAAAAGGAGAGCUAGAAGAUCUAUUUGAUAAUACUAUGUAAAGAAAUUUGAUUUAAAAAAUCUGUUCCUAGUUUGAAAGUAUUAUUUCCUCUCUAGUUGUGCAGUACUUACUUGGAAAGCAGUUGUUAUACUCCAGAAACUUCGCUUUUGUGACUACCAUUUUUUACCUUUCAAUGUGCCAUUUUUAACCUUUCAUAUGCCAUUUUAAUCUUUUGUGCAGACCACAAAAACCAAGUUUUUGCAAUUUCAUAAACUUUCUCCGUGCUUUUAAUGAUAUAACCAAUUAGAAAAUAACAUUUAUAACCCCGUAACAAAAAUCCUAUUACAAAGUGUAAUACAUGGAAGCCAUUUAUUAGCUUUGUGUGAAAAACUAAUGGCGAACUCAAACUACCAAAUGAUCAAGAAAGACUUUGGAUGAACAAUUAGAAAAUAUAAUAAUUAUUAUAAUUAUUAUAAUAAAACUGUAUUUGUUGUAGUUGGGCCAAGGGGCAGUAAUGGUUCUAUGGGUGAAACAGCUAGAAGGAGAAAAAGGGCUAAUAGAGAGCAGGUGCUUGAUGAAGAACAACAAGUAAAGCUGGUCCGGGAAAUACUUAUGGCUCCUUCAGAGAAUGAAACGUUUUAUGGAUUUUCUAGUGAUGAGGAGUCCAUACUAGAUGAUGAUUUCGCAGAGAGUAGAGGAACUAAAAGGUCUACUCGAGAGCAGGAGUCAGAUGAGGAAAGAGAAAGGAAAAAGAUCCGGGACAUACUCACUGCUCCCACGGAUGAGGAGACUUUUGAGGGAUUCUGUGGGAAUGAUGGGUCUGGGAGUGAGAUGGAGAGUGGUGACUGGACUCAAGUGAAUGUGAAUGAUGAGCCAGCCCAUGGGGCUGCAUCAGGGGAUUGGCAAGCCUCUCAUACUUCUGGGACAUGGGGAGAUCUAAGUCUUGAACAGAGAUGGAGGGGCUGGAGGGAUGGGAGGCAAGGGUCACUAACAAGAUCAAGAUCAGCUGUGAUUGAUGAGGAAAGGGCGGAGGUUUCAUCAGCAUCAGACUCCGACGAGUAAGUUAAAAGUAGAGUGUGGAGAACAAUUGCUUUGCAGAAGGCAAGGUGUCGUUUUGGGGACAUUGCUUUGUACAUUCCUUGGGUCCUGGCUGUACAGCUUCCUGAUAAUCCAGAUUGAAUCCUGCUUCAGUGUUCCUGGCUUCUGACUCCUGUUCAGCUCUUGACAACGACGUUCCAGUUUGGCGUUUGUUUUGGCAUUUCUGCUCCAGCAUUUCCAGUUGGGCGUUUGCCUUGGCGUUUCUGAUCCAGCAUUUCCAGUUCGGUGUUUGUCUUGCCGUUUCUGCUCCAGCGCUUCCAGUUUAGCGUUUGCCUUGCCGUUUCUCCUCCAGCGCUUCUAGUUCGGCGUUUGCCUUGGCGUCUUUGCUCCAGCACUUCCAGUUCGGCGUUUGCCUUGCCGUUUCUGCUCCAGCGUUUCUAAUUCGGCGUUUGCCUUGGCGUCCCUGCUUUGGAGCUCAUACUUCGGCUCUUUCCGGCUUCUGAACCCGGUCCAGCUCCUGACCUUCGUCUGUGCUUGCUCCAGGCUUGGCGUCUCCAGUUUUCUACCUUUAGUCUUUGAAACUUCGGCCUGGCUUCGACUACAAUUCUGCUUGCUGCCUUUUGGGAGCGUUUUGCUCUUUUCCAGCCCUUUGCACCACAGCGUUGAGUGGCGUCAGUUCUGGUAACGUUUCUGUUACAUUUGCUGUGGAUUAUCAAGCCAGAUAAUCCGGUUUAUCCUUUUGUUCUUGCUUUUGACUCCUUUUGAACUAAGACAUUUACUUUUGAAGAGAAACACUGCAGUUAAGUGUUUCUGAGUUUAAAAUAUCAUUUAAUAAACAUUUAAGAACUUUC